AUGAAAAAAGCUGGGGUCUUCAAGUCUACACCACUUCGAUGUGCCACAUGUUCCGAGGUAAAUCACGCAGUGUGCUCGAGCUUGUGGUCGGAAGAUGAUUGGGAGUUGUUGAGCCAAGUGGAACCGGAUAUGGACUGCUUGCGAUGCUGUGGGAGGAAAGGAGCUAUGAUUGAAGAAGAUGCAAGAAAAGUAGAAAGGGAAAUGAGGGAAAAGUUGGAAGAAUUGAAGAGAGAGUUAGAAUUAGCACAGGAAAACUACAGAAUGUUGAUGACGGCAGUGAAUGGGGAAGGAGAAAAAAGGGAAGAAUUGGAGAAGGCAUGGGGAGACUGUGGAGCAGAUAUGUCAGCGUGGCAACAGAAUUUCACUGGAAAUCACACCAUGAAGUUUUUGCAAGAAGAAGCUGUCAAUCACUACACUUCAGUUUUUCCGCCUACUGAUGAGAUAUUGCAUGUGAAAGCAUUUUUAAUCUGUCUCGGAAAAAUCGCUAAACUAUGCCUACCAAGAGCAAUGACAGAUGUGGAAAUCGCCGAAAUGGACGCGUUACUUGUAAAAAAAUAA